CCUCUACCGCUGCGGCGCCUCUAUCUCUCUUCUCUUUCCUUCUCUCUCUCGUCCCCGCGAUCCUCCGCUAACGCCACGGGGCUUAUUACCGAGCCCCCCUUCCGCAGUGGAGCGCGACACAGGCGACCGACAUCGGUUAUGGAGUUAUGGAGGCCGCGGAACCAAGUACCGAUAACUCGCCGAACUGCGCCACGGCGAUCCUCGCGUGCCUCGCGCUCUCGAUCGUCUACGUGGCGAGCCUCUAUGUCUGGAGUUCGCCGCACAACAGAGAGCAUCCAUCGACCAUAAAGAAACGAUUUUUUAGCGUAUUUAUCAUGACUCUCGUUUCGCCGGUGUCCUUGUACUUUGGACUAAAUGAGAAGAUACUUCAAAAGACAACCAUCUGGGAAAUGUUGGGUCUUCGAUGGACGGGUCUGAUACAGGCGACUGUGAUAUCGUUGCUCCUAACGAUGAUCCUGUUCCUAGGUCCCUUGAGUUUACAGGGAUUCAAUGGGCUGUGGCGAUUGUACACCGAGCCCAUGUAUUGGCUGGCGAGUGUACAAACUCUAACUUGGUGGAGAAAUCAGGUGGUCGCUCCGUUAUCCGAGGAAUGGACCUUUAGGGCUUGCAUGUUGCCAUUACUCCUGCAAUGCUUCACCCCGACUACUGCCAUAUUCGUGUGCCCUCUAUUCUUCGGGGUGGCUCAUUUUCAUCAUGUAGUGGAGAGAGUAAAGAUGGGAAUGAGCAUCAAGCACGCAUUGUUUAUAUCUUGUUUUCAGUCUACGUAUACGACGUUAUUUGGAGCGUACGCGGCCUUUCUUUUUGCGAGGACAGGCCAUUUUGUUGCACCAUUUGCUGCGCAUUCAUUCUGCAAUCACAUGGGAUUUCCUGAUCUUUCUGAGAUAGCGGCAUACAAGGAUCCACUGAAAAGAGCUGGAUUGAUGUGUCUGUUUGUGAUUGGCUUGGUCGCCUGGUGUUACUUAUUGAUGCCGAUGACUCAUCCAUCAUUGUUCAAUAAUAAUUUAUUCUGGACUAAACACUUUAUAUGAGACACGUCCGAUCUCUAACAAAUAUUAGGAUAUAACAAAUACUAGGGUUAAAUGUUUUUAUGCAGAAUUUACCGCAAUUAUUCCACCGAUCUUCCGGUUUACAACACACACAUUGUUGUGGAAUAUUUUAUAUUUAUGUUUAACAAAGAGUACAAUACCUAUCUGUCGAAAAAUAAUGCAGAAAUUAACAUUAGACUAAUUUUAACUAUAUAUUCGAUAACUAUAAUAUUCGUAUAGCUAUAAUUUAACUAAUCGUGCAAUUCGGCAUUGUUACAAAGUAUAUCACCGUAGUGCCUGAGAGUUAAAUUUUUAUAGUGGUGAUUACGAAUGUUACAACUGUUAGAUGAACUUGUUCGCAAACCCAAAAUGCGAAGAAUCUCCAGCUCUAAUUAUUAUUUACGAAUUGCUGCACAUACUUAUAUGCCGCAAUAUUAUAUUAUUUCAUAACCACAAUUCGUUAAAUGUUAUCGAUAUUUUCAGACAAAGAGAAAGAUUUUUAUAAAUAAAAAUUAUAAUAUAGAUUAUUAUAGAGUUAAUGUAACCUACUGAGAAAAUUUCUAAAACGAUCUUUCUAAUCGUCUACUUUUAUAACAGUCUCUGUGUAUAGUGUAUAUAAAAUGUCCAUAUAUACAUGGCAGUGAUAAAUAUUCAAACAAUAAGCAGUAUACAUCUCCAUACACAUACCAAUGGUUUAUUUGAAUCACAGAAGUAACGCGGUUGCGCAAUAAUAUUACUAUAAGUUUUAUAUAUGUACACUGAUGAACACGUAUACAUUAUAUAUGCAGUGAAGCUGUAAAUAUUUAUGUAAAUAAUGAGAGUACAAUUCGAUCUUUGAAUAUAUGUGUAAUCUUUUAAUUGCAUACAUAAUGUAUACCAUUCUUUAACCAAGAAAUAAGUGGUAAAAUCAACUUCUUAAAUAAUAUUCAGGAUAUAAAAUGUUGAUACAAUGAAUGUUGAAAUAAUGUUAAGUGUUUUACACUCGAAGCAAGAUCGCUAUAUAGAAAUUGAUAUUCAUAUAAUGAUGACAUAAUGAUGUAUAACACCGAUUUACAAUGUAAAUCUAUCAAAAUUCGAAACUAUUUGGUAAUCUUGUUUCGAGAAAUUAAAAUAAUGUGACAAAUAACAUGAUUCCGUGCAUGAUUCUACGCAUUUCGUAUUUGAUUCAUUUUAUAACAUUGAUA